ACCAUCUUUCUUUCAAGCUUUUAUUUUGCCGCGUCCACGUUGCUCCCAGUCACAGAGAGAGAGAUGAGAGAGAGAGAGAGGAGCAGCAGCAAGAGGAGUGGACUAAUCAGCCAAGGGCGAAGCCCAAACUCUCUCGCAGUCGCAGUUUCUCUUGGAUAAAGCUUUUUAUUUUUUUUAUAUCAAGGAAAAUAAUUAUCAGAAAAGAAAGCAAAAAAGUUCGGAGCGUUUUAUAAAGAACUAAGGUUGGGUGGUUCUCUGAUGGGGAAGGGUUCGAAGAGCAAUUGCAAGUCUGCAUCACACAGGCUCUUCAAGGAUAAGGCAAAGAACCGGGUCGACGACCUCCAAGGCAUGUUCAUGGACCUGCAGUUUGCCCGGAAGGAGAGCCGCUCGGUCGACGUUGCUGUUCUUGAAGAGCAAGUCCAUCAGAUGCUUAGGGAGUGGAAAGCCGAGCUCAACGAGCCCUCUCCAGCUUCAUCUCUGCAACAAGGUGGCAGCCUUGGGUCUUUCUCCUCGGAUAUAUGUCGGUUAUUGCAGCUUUGUGAGGAGGAAGAUGAUGCCACUAGUCCAUUAGCUGCACCAAAGCCCGAGCCUAAUGAUCAAAGUGCGCAAGUCAGAGAUAGUGUGAUGUUUCUAGAGGGAUUUAGUGUGAAUCAGGGGCAACAGGACCAUGGUUUUCCCCCGAUUGGUGAAUGCAAAAACCUGUCUCCAGAAGUCCGGGAUGUGGCAAUUAAUAACUUGGAAGGGUCUACGCAUUUGGACUACCAUCAGUUUGAUUUGCAUCAAGACUUUGAGCACAACUUCUACUCCGGUUUUAGUGGUACCGGUUUGUCUGGGGAGGAUACUGUGCCUCAUGUUUCUAGCUAUCUCCCAAGUAUAUGCCCACCACCUUCUGCUUUCUUAGGCCCAAAAUGUGCCCUUUGGGAUUGCCCAAGGCCUGCUCAAGGCUUGGACUGGUGUCAAGACUAUUGCAAUAGCUAUCACGCAGCUUUAGCAUGGAAUGAAGGUCCACCUGGCAUGGGUCCAGUUCUAAGACCUGGAGGCAUUGGCCUGAAGGAUGCUCUGCUUUUUGCUGCUCUUGGUGCAAAGGCACAGGGAAAAGAUGUUGGUAUCCCAGAAUGUGAGGGAGCUGCAACUACAAAGUCUCCAUGGAAUGCACCUGAACUCUUUGAUCUUUUAGUUCUGGAAGGUGAAACAAUUAGGGAAUGGCUCUUUUUUGAUAAGCCUCGGAGGGCAUUUGAGAGUGGGAACAGAAAGCAGAGGUCUUUGCCAGAUUACAGUGGGCGUGGUUGGCAUGAGUCAAGGAAGCAGGUGAUGAAUGAAUAUGGAGGCCUGAAGAGAUCAUACUAUAUGGAUCCACAACCACUUAACCAUUUCGAGUGGCACCUCUAUGAAUAUGAGAUCAAUAAGUGUGAUGCUUGUGCUUUGUAUAGAUUGGAACUGAAGCUUGUUGAUGGGAAGAAGAAUUCCAAGGGGAAAAUAACUAAUGAUUCAGUUGUUGAUCUGCAGAAGCAGAUGGGAAGGCUCUCUGCUGAAUUUCCAUCUGAUGAUAAGCGCUCUGUGAAGGGGAGGGCCAAAGUUAAUACAAAGGUUGGUGUGUACCCUGUUCCAAAUCGAGUGACACCAACAAAUGGAACAUUUGAGUAUGGGGUAAAUGCACCAUAUGAUUAUCCUGUCGAGAAUAUAGGUGACUAUUACCUGACGUAGUUAUAGAAGUUUGAAUGGAUAUGGAACAUGCUGGAUGUUGUUAGUUUAGUACAUUAGCAGCAGUGGGUUGCCUUUUUUCUUUUCACUUGUUCGGUUUCUGCAAUUUCGCCUUCAAUAACAAGAAGUGUCAGCUCAUUUUUUCUCCACUUUGGAGAAUUGUGAAUAGCUCAUUCUCACAUGAAGUAUUAGACUGUCCCGAUACUGGAGCUUGUUUCUAACUUGGAAAGAUGGUGACAAACAGAGAAAAUGGGUGUUUUUUGUUCGGUCCAUUCUUAGAACUAAUUGUGAUGUUUUGAACGUUGUAUACCAGUUACUUCCACCAAAACUGGAAUAGGUGGGUGAAUACUGUUGCUAUACUUUAUCCUUCAUCUUUUCUUUUUUCAAAUUAUGCUAAUGAUGUAGGCCAUUGGCAAGUUAAUGACAGUCUGCAAUAUGUACUGUGGCUGCUAGUAUAUAAUGUUACCUAUUUACUUGAUGUUGAA